AUGCCUCGCGGCUGGUACCUCGCCCAGGGCCUAGUCCCACUCGGCUACAGCAGCAGCGACGACGACGAAGGCCCUUGUGAGCUGCCAAACGGUCGACUUGUCUGUGGACCUCAUGGAUUGGUGCGUUGUGGUAUAUGUUGCAGCGACUACAGCUUUAUGGACGAUGUCCUUGGUGAAGACAUCGAGGACAACGAGGAAGAUGAUGAGGAUCAUGACUUUCGACAUCCCACUAGCCCCCUGCGACCGAUGGAGCUGUUUCGCGGCAGGGUUCGUUUCAUGAAUAUCGUCAGGUGCACCUACCCCAACGACAAGUCCAUGCUUCUCAUCAUGACCGACGGAGCAUGCCUUAACAACGGCCAAUCCAAUCCGAAGGCAGGUCGUCUGGAAAAGCAGGGCCCUUGGGGUGAUGACGGCAUCCAAAGCAGCAACCGGGCUGAGCUGCGAGCUGUCAUCGCCGCCCUGCGUUUCCGACACUGGCCGGGCGAGGGCUUCAGCACAGUCAUCAUCGCCACCGACUCUGAGUACGUCGUGGAGGGCUCGACACAGUGGGCGAAGGCUUGGGUGCAGAACAAUUGGAGGACGAAAGGUAAGAAGGGAAUUGGCGGCGGCAACGUCAAGAACAAGGACUUGUGGGAGAUGCUCUUGGGGUGUGAGAAGGCCCACCGUAAUGGCCUGGUCAUCCAGUUCUGGAAGAUCCCACGCCAGUGGAACGCUCUCGCCGAUGAAGGUGCGAAAAAUGCUGCCGCCGCAGAAGAAACGCCUGUCGAGUGGAAGGAUUGCCUGGGCCUCGCAAUAUGA